GGUGCAGGUGGGCGGGGACAGGGGCCCUGCUGGAAGAGGCGCUGCAGCGAGGUGGCGGGCUGCGUGCGCAAACAGGGCGGCAGCCUCCUGGGCCCAGAGAACGGUGAGGCCGUUUGGGUUGGGCGCCCCAGACCCGAGGGCAUGGUUCGGUGUCCAAGGCCACCGAGCUGGGAGCGGGGCACUUUUGGGGGUGGGCCCGGCCAAGCCAAGGAGUUGGGGGUCUUGAGCAGACCCAGGAGAAGAGUGUGGCUGGGCCAGAAGCUGGAGUUCAUGGGCAGGGCGCAGCUGGCUGGUGACGGUGGGCAAGGAUGGGCACUUUAAGGGCUGGCAUGAGUGGAAGGGGACAAGGAGGGCCCAGAGUUUGAGUAUGAGAUUAAUUUGGGAGUUCCAUGUCACUGGGUGGGUUGAUGAGUCCUGAGCUUUGGCGAUCACAGAAGCCUUUCCUGGCGACCAGUUCUGAGUGAGGGGAAUGGAAAAAGGCUAGGAUUUGGAGAAGUGGUUUGGAGGCCACGUCUUGGGACACCCGGUGCUCUGAUGGCCUCCUGUCCCCAUGCGAGGGACUUUGCAAGCGAUGUUUCAGAGUGCUGUGAUUUGGAAGCUUCAGCCUAGGCUGGAGUUAAGGUCUUUGUGGUGGCCCGUCCCUGCCUUCCUUCCUUUCCAGGCCUUCAGGAUUCAGCUGAGUUCCUGGGGGGAGUGGGUUAAAAAUUCCUUCGGCCUACAAUCAGCCUUACAGUAUCCACCAGGGGUAGGAGGGACAUGUACAUGCGUGACUGCAGCAGCAUUCUCUGUCGUGGAGCCCUCAUGGCUUCCUCGCUGUUGCCAUAGCAACGCCCUAUUGAUGGUGUAUUUAUAGGGGAAGAAGCAGGCGCUAAAUUUUGGGGAAGGUGGGGGAGGCGGCCUCAUAGCAGCAGCAGCAGCAGCAGCAGCUAUAGAAUUAUUAUUGGAGUGGGCCAUGCCGGGUGAGCUGUUCGGGGGGAGUUCCUGGCUUGUUUGAAGGUUAAAAAUGAACUAAUAACUUUGGCAGGUGUCGGGAGAGCACUCAUUCGUGGCUACGAUCUGUGUGGGUGUGCAUGCACUGAAGUCAGGUGUGUUUGGGACAAGAGGGGGGCUAUAUGUAAGCCGUUAUGUAAUUUUUCCACAUCAAUAUGAACAAAAACAACACGGCAGUUCUCUUCGAUAAGCAAUGAAAUGUAUGGUUUUCUAUCUUCACUUAUUAGUACAGCCUUUACUCAUUCUUUUCAAACCCUGACACAACAGCUCCAUUUUUAAUUCAAUGAAAACCCUUGCUCUUAGGCAUGCCACACCCACACCAUCGCCAUGUGACUGGCAUUGCCACGCCCCUCCAGGGAACCCUAGAGAUCAGGAAUGAAGUAGAAUUUUGAGAUAAAUAGUCCGUCUUCACUCUUCACUCUUCAAACAUCAAGGGCCAACAUUUCUUACAAUGGUAGACCCAUCUAUUGACAGAUUCAUUCAUUGAUAGUUUUGGAUGGGAUCAUUGUGGGGUUCGAAAGAGAAAAUCCCCCUUGACAUGAUGUUUCCAUAGAUGGAUGUUAAAUUUGCUGUUUUCCCUUUAGCUUUAAUUUUAUUUAUGAUUUAUAGUCUGUUUGCCAAAAAGAUUAGAAGGUAUAUUUGAGACAUACAUGAGGCUCUGAACACAUAAAUAGAAAAGCGUGCACCACGCUGCAAGGGAGAAGCAUAUGUGCUCAACAGCUGGGCUUCCAGCGUGACUGUGCUUGAUGGUCAAUGUUAACACUGAACUUCCUGGCAGCCUAGGCAAAAAGGGUGGCACAACGGGUUACACCAUUCACAUGUCUUGCAUCCAGUUAGUCGUAAAACCAGAGCUUCUGCUUGGGGAAGGGAGCAGCGGGGUGAUGCUCCCAGAUGUGCUCUGAAAUACGUGUGUGAGUGGGAGUCUAUGGUGCGGAGUGUGCUGUGUUGUGGCCACGGUUUAUAUCGUGAUGGGGUGAUUCCUGAGUGGGAGCGAGGAUUUUGGACAAUAGCUCGCAUUAGAGGCAAUGUUUGCACUGAGUUUCAGAAGAUCCUCGGUACACUGUCCGGUGCACACAAACACAGCGGGUCACCGGGGUUUGGGCCAUGACUUCUGAGAUGGCUGUUGUUGCCUGCUUCUUCAACAUGUGCUGCCUGAUUUCAAGGAACAUGCUUGUCAUUAGAGGCAAGUGAGACGCUGGGUCUGAGGGAGCAGCAAUGGCAGUGUUUCUGGAGGCCAAGAAUGCCCAUUCAGUCCUGAAACGGUUCCCUCGUGCCAAUGAAUUCCUGGAGGAGCUGCGCCAGGGUACCAUCGAACGGGAGUGCAUGGAGGAGGUCUGCAGCUACGAGGAGGUCAAGGAGGUGUUCGAGGACAAAGAGAAAACGAUGGAGUUCUGGAAGGGGUACCCGAAUGCAGUCUACUCAGUCCGAGACCCUGCACAAAGCUCAGAUGCCAUGUACGUGGUCGUGCCCCUUCUGGGGGUGGCGUUGCUGAUUGUCAUUGCCUUGUUCAUCAUCUGGAGGUGCCAGCUGCAGAAAGCCACCCGUCAUCACCCCUCGUAUGCUCAGAACCGGUACCUAGCCAGUCGCGCCGGGCACAGCCUCCCCCGGGUCAUGGUGUACCGGGGCACUGUGCAUAGCCAGGGGGAGUCCUCGGGGCACCGGGAGGCAGGGAGCAACCCGCAGGUGGUGCUGGGGCCCAGUCGAGGGAGCAGAACCACGGUCCGCCUUGAGAGCACCCUCUACCCCCCUGAGCUCUCUCUCUCCAGGCUGUCCAGUGCCACUCCCCCCCCAUCCUAUGAGGAGGUGACUGCACCCCAGGAGAGCAGCAGUGAGGAGGCGAGUGUCUCAUACAGCGACCCACCCCCAAAGUAUGAGGAGAUAGUGGCCACCAACCUUGGCUCGGACAAGUAGUAGGACAUCUGUCCCGUCCGGAGUGAAAGCCUCUUUCAGGGGUCUCCUAUUUUCUUUUUAACUUCUCAAAGACUGUGCCACCACAAAACAGCCUUAGUCUCCUGUUGCCAAAUAAUUUCCUAACCGUGGAUUUGUAGGAAGUCAGCUGUCAGAGACAGGUGGAGGUGGGUAAGGAAUACCCAUGCAUCAAGGCCCCUGCGGAGAGCCACAGGCUAGAGAGCCCAGCUCUUCCAGAAGCCCCCAUGCUCCCACCAUCCUGUCCCCCCAUCAGGAACUGGCUUCUCUUGUGCCAAAGGUAUUACCCUGUUGAGUUGACUGUGGCCAGAAUGUCCAUAGGCUCAGGCCCCAAGACUGCAUAGCUGGCUGGAGACCUGUCUGUGUCUGAAGCUUAGGCCACAGAGAUGAGGGAGAGAAGCUAGCCCUUCAGCAACCCCUUUUCCUCAACAGUCCUGUGCUUCCUGUCCUUGCUUACACUUUGAGGACAGGGACAAGGACUGAACAACAACAACAACAAAAAGAGUAAUAACCAAUAAAUAGGUGACCAACAUGAUAAAACAAAACAACAUAACCUGGGCUAUUCAUAGGGGACUGAGGGAAGUCAGAUCUGUAAUACUGCCCUGCCCCAACACCCACCCCCAUGCUCCUGACCAGGUUAAAAGGAUGAGGGGCAGGGGCCCAGCUGCCAGACUGAGCAAGAGGCCUGCCUGCGUGAACUUGGCCAUUCUGGAGGCUAGCUCUGGUUCUAGUGUACUUGGCCUUCUGAAGACCUUGGCUUUCCAGACAUGUGUACCGGCUGUGCUAAAACCGCUACCCACUGGCCUGAGCCCAGUCAUAGCCGGGGGAAAACUAACGCUGGUGACCCUGCCUGGGGAGCCCAUGGCCUCUGAGUGGUUGGGGGUACGGGCUGGGGUAGAGAGCUGAAGUUUUCUCCUUCUGAGGUUGAUUGGCCCAUGGAAUGACUAAACCCAUGAACUUGGCCUCCUCAGCACUGUGCUUUCUGGCUUUGAACUUUUAGGAUACUUCCCUUCUCUUGAGCAGGUGCAUUGAGUUGAACUUGAACUUCAGAUGACUGAUUUCUCCUUAAUGAUGGUGCCCACCUGGGGAAAAGAUCCCAAAGUGUCCCUUUUUAGAAAUUUCUUGACAGGGGAGGUGGGGAAGCCCGUGACGUGGGGUCGAACGCCCAUUCAGGAUUUGGUGUGUUAUUGCCAGGUGCUGGUCCAUUUUUAGUAAUCCCUUUCUGUGGCCCAGGAGCUGUCCACCUCUGCAUGUCAGUGAAGCUUUGGACAGCAGUGGGACAGAAGUGACCUGCCCUUUAACUGACCAUGACCACGUAAAAGACUCUCGACACCGCUUCCACUCACCCCUGCAUGUCCAUCCUCCUGGCCUCAGUGCCAGAUCACUUUUCCUCUGUGGUGCUUUAAAAAAUGUAGCAAAUUUUUGUGGGGUCCAAAAGAGUGCACAGCCAGGGUCUAUCGGCAACCACAGCGGUUUAAAACCCACGGAGAAGACAAGCUUCUUUCUGUCCAAACAGCUCUCCAAGAUAGGCAUUGGGCCUCAUUCUUUGACUGCAGCCCUUCCUCGAGGCCACAGAUGACUUCACCGGUCCUGAGGACUUGCCCUGGGACACGCUUUCAAGUUUAGGAGGCUUGUGUUCUUAUCCCAAUGAGGCCACCAGCUUCAAAAACUUGACCCGGUGGCUGGGGUUUUCCAUCCUUCCCCCUACCUCCCAGGCCAAAGGGAGGCUGACUGAACUAAUGCCUGUGCAGUUCUUGAAGCACCAGGGAGCUAGUGCAGUUUGCCCUUAGGGAGAUUCUUCUAGAAAUGUGUAGCUUAGGGAGACCAGUCUUAGUGGAGGCCUUCAUGUGACUCUGAUGUUGAGUCUCAACUUGGGGAGUCAGUCUCCUGACAGUUGACAAUUUCUGCCCCCUCCUCCAUCCCUGAGAACUCCCUGAUGCCGGAGGUGCUGACCAGGUGCGUUCCACCUUUCCUUCCUUCCCCUUUUUCUCCCUCCUGGCCUCUAACACUACACUCCUGCCCUUCCUCACAAAGGUAUUUUUGGCCUAGAAAGGCCCUGCUUUUUCCACGACGGAGACUGCGGUCACUCCUGUUUGGCCAUGUUGGAGGACCUGGGGUGGCCUGAAGCUCUGCUGCCAGCCUUGCCCUCCCAGCAUUUCCUCAGGCAGUUGCCUGCGUGUGACCUGGGAGCGUGAGAGAAGAGAGCCAGGCAUGGGCCCCACUGGCCAGAGCCAAAGGGAGUAUGCCGAGGAAUGCCUGCUGCCUUUGGCAUCUGUUGAGCCCUUCCCUGCUAAGCUGGGUGGAGAUGGGAGGGAGUGGGAAGCAGGAGCCUGGCCCGGUGGAGGACAGCACGUGUUGUGUCCUUCAGGCACUGAGCGAAGGCCUACAGGGAGAGCGCACAGGCAGCUCCUAGGGCCCUGUGUUCUCCUGUAAAGGUGCUUCGCAGGAUUCUUUCAGGUGGGCUUGCCACCGUGGUCUCUGGGACGUUUUUUUUUUGCAGUAUAUUGUGGAAAAAAAAGACUGUACAGUACACAAUGGUCAUAAUUCGCGGUGCACAUUUGGCUUUUACGAAUGCUCUGUAUAUAUCUUUUCAAACUCUGUCUUUGUAUGGACGUUGGUUUGAUACAAUGCUAAAUCUGUAGUAGCCACAUUUUUGUUGUUUUUGGACUUUGCGUGUGUGUGUGUGUGUGCGCGUGUGCAUGUGUGCCUGUACACUUGUGCACGUUGCCUUUUCUGAUAUGCUUCUCUGAAACAAUAGCCGGUGUGUGGCUAUAUUUGUACCAGGAGGGUUCCGGUCUGAAGGGAGGAAUGUCACCUCCUGGGGCUGGACAGUCUUUUGGACAGGGCCCUGAGGGAGGAAAGCUGAGAUUAGCUGUUUGAGCCCCACAGAGUCACCACCUUCUGCCCUCACUUCACAAAAAGUUUUGGGAGAAGACUAAGCAGCCCCACCCUGUGGGCCUCUGCCCUGUGGGACCUUCACUCACACACCCUUUCGGCAUGGCCUUCUCCACCUCUGCUCCUGUUCUGUGGGUAUCAACAGCUGAAGGAGAUCUGAGCACUCCUGGGCCUUUUUAUUUUUUAUUUUUAUUUUUUGGUGGAAAAAUGUAUGACUAUUGACUUUGGGACUGCUGGGGCUGGUUAUUCAGAUAUUUUUCAUUAAGAAAAAAGAGAAAAGGCUUUAAAAAACUUUUUAAGACUUUUAAAAACAAGAAUCGCAAACCUGUUGUCCCUCCACACUGCUCCCCAUCGCCUGGGAUUUUCAAAACGAAAGCACAAAAGAAAGGUGAAGCACACAGGUGCCCAGCAACACCUAGCAGGCUGACCUGGAGGCCAGGAGCCUCCUCUUCUGCUUGUGAAUCCCACUGCCAUUGGUGUGAAUUCCUUAGGGUGCUUGGGAAAACAGGAAUCUGCUUGGUGGCUUGGAUGUGGCCUUUCUGGUGGCCUGAAUAUGAGGAAUUCGGGACAGGAAAGUGUCUUUUUGUUAAGGAGUUGGAGCCAGAUGGUUCCUCUCUGGCUUCAGGCUGAUCUUUUGACAACCAAAUGGCAUCCCAUAAGAAGAAGGAAAAAACAACACUGCCUCUAGAUUGUUCUUUUGCCUGGGGCGGGGGGUGGGGAAGUGGGGGGGGCCCUUAUUCACCUACACUCUGUGUUUCUAAGAGUGUGCCUGUGUGCUAUGUCUUGCGUGUGCUCUCAUGUUCAAGGCCGAGAUGGAGAGCUGGGCAGCAAAGCUUUUCAGCUUGACAAGUAAUGAAGCUCCAUCUCAGAAUUGUGCCGAUUCAGAAACAAGCACAUCCUCCCCACUGAAGUCUGCUCAUACUAAUCAGUAUAAUUAGCUAAUUUCAAAGUACUGUAAUCAGACUGCCUGCAACCAUGGUAAAAGCCUAUUAAUUUGAAGCCCACUAAUUCAGAACUUAUAGAAAAUCACAGCUUAAGAUAACUCAUGGUAUCUGCGAUUCUUGCUCUGUAGAAAUAUUUGAAAUAUUCUUCGCUUUAGUCCAUUUUCAGGGUCCUAUGUGUAAGAAGGAUCUAGUUAAAAUGAGCACCUUUUUCAAAUAAAAGGCUCAAGAUAUCAGGGAUCCCUUCACCGUGCCUUCAGCUUUGGGGUUCAGAAAUUCUUGUGUGUAAGGCUCUUUCUGCGUAGGAUGGUCUCUUGGUCUCUCUCCAUUGUAGGAAGGGUGGGUGCUGCAGCUUUUCAUUCUCCUAGCCUGCAAUUUAAAGUAACAUAACUGUGUAUCUUGCUAAAUAUUCUGUAAAGCAGAUGUUUUGCUAUCAGAGUGGCCACUCCCAUCAUUUGCCCCCAAAUAUUAAACUUAGGGAGCUUUUCCUUUCACAGGCUGUGGGCGGUGAGUGUCUGUCUAGCAAGAAUUUCUCUGACAAGGAGAUCCAAAUAGCACACCCCCUUGGGCUCAUUGCCUCAACAGUUGUUCCACUGUACUGAGACAUCUGACCAUUGAACAGUUCCUGCCCUUCCCCCACCCCCAGCCUGAGCAUUAACACAGAUAUUCAAAAUUGGAACAAAUCCCACAGCUGCUUUUGCCUCCCGAUCUGUGUCCCCUUCCGGAUGCCACUUUCCCAGGCCUGAACACACCUGCUAUUUCACUUUGUGAUUGUGAAUUUGUGACAGUGGAAACCCUGAUAUGUGCAACUGAGCUUAUAGACAUGAUUACUGUGAAAUGGAUUAAUUUUGGUACCACUUUAAACUGUGCUUGUAUACAUGUGUUGACCCAUGUCAGCUGGGAAAUCUGUACAUUCAGUAGUAUGUCAGAAUUUUACUGGAGCCUGGGAGCAACCAACACACUUGCUUCUGUUUCUCUCUCUCUUUUUAUAAUUGUUGAGUUUAGCUGUUAAAUUUUGUCUCUUUCUGUACAAGAAGAUAAAAAUAAUAAAGAGCAC